AUGUUCUUCUGUCCGUUUUGUUCAACGCUACUGCUCGUGAUGCCGCAUGUGGAGGGCAACGCACUCGUGUGCGCCACGUGCCGCUAUGUCCACUCCGUCGCCAGCGCGAGCCCGAAAAUCCCGAGAAACGAGUUUGGUGAGCCUAUCCUCACCAUCCAGCACUCCUUUGUGGCACACAACCGUCAAAUAAUGGACGCUGAGGAAGAUCCGGCGAUGGAGGCGGCGGCUUUGUCCAGCGCCGCGGUGUGCCACACAACCGCUGCGUCCGCUCCAGUAGUCAAGGCGGAGACCUCCGCGGAGGGAGGCCAGAUCACGACGAUUCCGUGCCAGAACGAAGACAACCCGUGCCGGAGCACCAAGGCCUACUUUAUUCAGAUCCAAAUGCGUUCUGCUGACGAGCCGGCAACCGUGUUCUUCAAGUGCGUCGAGUGCGGCCAUCAGUGGCGACAGGACUAA